UAGAUUUUAUAGUUAGGAAUGAGUAACCGUGGGAGCUCAAUCGUUCUCUAUGGACUCAUACCCAAAAUCCUCUACCAUCAACUUCUUCGUCUUCCUUCCUUACGUUCCAUUUAUUUAGUCAUGUGGAUGUUCUCCAUGGUUUUGAGUUUUGGUUUAGUUCUCGGAUCAACCGGGAUUGCAAAACUCAAAUUAGUUCUCAGAUCAAUUGGUAUUGCAAAACACAAAUUACGGAUUAUGCCAUGGUGCUCCUCAUUUUGACCUAAUUGCUAGGGGCCAUAUGCAUAUUAGCCUGGUUGCGUCCUCCCAGAUCAAUGUUCCAUCACGAAAUAUUGCCGCUUUGUUUCAGUCGUCUCAAUAGUGUGACAGGUUCUGUAGCAGCUGAAUGGAGGCAAUCAUUAGAAGCUAAUAUUAUUGGAAUUUUAAUCUGCAACGAAGUUGGAGGGAGGGAGGAAUUGCACGUCGUCGGUCCCAGAAAUGUUCUUUGGAAAUUUGUGCUCUUAAUAAUGCAUGAACUCAGCAUUGAGAAUCUUAGGGGUAAGAAAUUAUCAUUUAGGGCUCUUUUGCACACAGGAUGCGAAAUGUUCCAGUUAGUUCAAACUUCAACUGGAAACCCCGGUCCUUCUGAGGUUGUUGUUUGUUCCACUUUUAUGAAGAGAUAUCAAGGUGCUUGGAUGCAGGACCCUGUCAUAUUAUUGUUGCGAGCAAAAAGGGAAAGUAUCCAUUGAAAUUCCGGUUGCUGAUAACAACAACACAAUAGCCCAAUUACUUCGUACCAAAUGGGGCCGCCUCCGGAAAAAAUAAUACCAUGCAUGCAUUCCAAUUUAUGAUAUUCAUGGAUUGGACCUUAAUUUUAUCCAUGUAUUUAGCCUGCAAAUGUGUUGUGCUAAAAAUAUUCUAAUGGAGACUGGUUGGUAAUAUCUUGAUUGCCGUGGGUGUAGGAAGAAAGUUGUUGGUGAGGAUGGUAAUAUUUGGUAUAGAAAAUUUGAGACCAAAGUUGGCACUCCCAUAGCCAAGUACCUUCUCCAUUUUGAAGUUGAAGAUGCAACCGGUACCGACAUGUUUGGGGCACCGGACAGUGAGGUCCAUAAAAUGGUUCAACACACUUCCUCCGAACUCAUCCCUUAGAGGUAAAAUUCCUAAAUCCCAUAAAGUAGCCCACCAAAGUAAUAUAAUCAUUGUUACUAAUACAGGAAUCAACGAAGGCUGCAAUGCUUUUUGUGUUCUCACCAUUUCUUCACCUGGCUGCAUGUCAGUUCUUUGGUAACUUUGAACUCAUUCAACAUGACGCAGUGAUCACCCACGACGUACACAGUGACCCAUAUCGACUACCAUGGUCCACCUUCUUCCCCUGAUUGAAGUGUUUAUUUUUUGCAUCCGUCAAGGAGGAAAUCCAAGUCCAAAUCUGGGGUAAUAUUAAGCAUCCAAGAAGCGCGGCGUAAUUUUUGAAGAUGAUGAAUAACUAAGAAAAUCAGCAGUUCUAGCUUACCGCAGGCUUUGCACAUGGAAUAAGAACUUUAGUUAUUCAAGUGGUGGUGGUUUUUAUCAUCUUUGGUUUUCUACAUUUUGUCGUGUCUGCGUCCCGUCGACUAAAUCAAUGUUUGGGAGAUUUAUGCUUUAUUAUCUCAUUUGCCCUCUCAUAAUUGGUGUUAUGUUUUCUUUAUUCCCGCUUUAGUCAUGAACACAAUAAUUCCUCAUCAAUUGUCUUUAUUCCUAGAGUUUGUGAAACUCAUAGAUGAUCAACGGUGUUAUGUG